AUGGAAACAGAAGAAGUAGCAGCAACUGCUGGAAAGUCUCAACACGAUGGCCCGCAGCAGCAGAAACAGCAGCUACCUCAGGAGCAGCAGGAGUACCAGGAGCAGCAGGCUGCGUUCCUGCGACACCGCGCAGCGGCACGGCAGGAACGGUUGCUAGCGCGGCAAGCACAGCGCAUGCGCAUUGUGCAGGGGAUGGAGACUGCUGCUUCUGCCUCUAGCAUCAGGAACUGCACAGACCCAAGGAACAACCAGGAGGGCUGUCAAGAUGUUGGGCCGAGUGACCCCGCAAGGCUCCCCUCGCCUGGAGCGGACUUGCAGGCUUCAUCCAGCAGCAGCAACAACAAGAGCAACGCUAGCAGAUUGAAGCAGCGUGUUGAUUUGUUUGCGGUUUGCCUUGGUAUCGGUGCAGGUGUCAACACGAUGCUGCGAGAGGAGGUGUCUCCUCACCGUUUGUUUGAAGCCCUCGGCUUCCCCUACGGCCCCGCUAGUUGGAAUGUGCUGUGUUGGAUAUGCGGCAUGUUGCUGUAUCUCCCACUUCCUCUUGUGCUGGUGGUGUCUCUAACCGAGCAGCUCUCGAGGAACUGUAACAGCAGCAUUAACGGUAGCAUAAAAGGUUUCUUGUGCGCAGCAGCAAAUCGCAUCUCCCCAGCUCCGCAGGCUGGCAGCUCUGAUGGGCCUAGGCCAAGGAAGCUGCAGCUCAUUUUUGCGGCAGCAGCAAGGACAGCGGUUGCUGCACAGCCCCACUUCACGCGGCUGUCUCUCUUUCUUGUAGCCUUUUGUUGCACCACCACCCUCACUGCUGCAGCAGCAGCUGGCGCUGUUGCUGCCGCUGCCCAUGUGGUGGGUACAGAAAAUGCGAUGGCAGCUUGCGCGCUUUGGCCACCGAUUGUAGACGGGUCGAGUUGGAGGCAAACGGCCCUCGAUGUAUGGGUAACUGGCAUGCUGUGUAAGUACUAUAUAUUCACACUCAUGUACUUAUUUUCUAGGACGUACCCGCCUCCCGUUUCCUCCCGUGAGGGCGACGGCGUCGCGUUGGCUGCAGGCAACACCCAGUCGCGACUCUUUUCCAUUUCUCUAAUUCCUUUUCGGCUCCUUGUAAGCAAGAUGGCGAGCACCGGUAUCUCGUUAGAUAAGAUCCCAACGACCGAUCUACUGGAGGAGCUGAAGCGCAGAUACAGCUGCCUUUCCAAACCCGAAGGCCGGUAUAUUUUUUUGGGGGCCCCGGGGUCGGGUAAAGGCACACAGAGCGCGAAUCUGCAGAAGUCGCACUGCUACUGCCACAUAUCUACGGGCGAUAUGCUGAGAGACGCAGUGGCGGCAGGCACAGAGCUGGGCCAGAAGGCUCAAGGAAUAAUGGCUACUGGGCAGCUGGUCCCUGACGAUUUGGUCCUUCAGCUGCUUUCUGAAAGAAUGAGAAGCCCAGAGUGUUCCCGGGGGUUCAUCUUGGAUGGAUACCCAAGGAAUCUGGAACAAGCGAAGGCGCUGGACAAGCUGCUGGAUUCUCAAAAACAGAAACUCGACGGUGUUGUGUUCUUCGACACCCCAGAAGAAACUCUUGUGGAGAGAGUCUGCGGGCGCCGCAUCCACCCCUCCAGCGGCCGCGUUUACCACACAGUUUUCCGCCCCCCGAAGGUUGCAGGCAAAGACGACAUUACUGGGGAGGAUUUGAUUCAGAGAAAAGACGACAACGAAGAGACGCUGCGCAGCCGUCUGCAGGUCUUCAAUCAGCAAACGCUGCCGCUGGUCCAGCGCUACGAAAAACUGGGGCUGCUGCACCGCAUCGACGGGAGCCUCCCUGCUGCUGCCGUGAGCGACCAGCUGUAUGCCUUCGUUCAAAAACGCCCCCAUAGCGGCAAAGCAUAA